GAAAGUUGGAUUAUGAUGAUUCCAGAUUCAAGAGCGUGAUGAGGGAGCUCUCAAGUAUCUAAAGGAUAUCAAGUGGUGCAGAAUAGAUAAUCCCAAGGGUUUCAAGCUUGAGUUUUUCUUUGAUCCUAAUCCUUAUUUCAAGAAUGCCAUCCUGACAAAAACGUAUCAUAUGAUUGAUGAUGAAGAACCGAUCCUAGAGAAAGCAAUAGGGACUGAAAUUGAAUGGUUGCCAGGAAAGUGCUUGACUCAGAAGCUUCUGAAAAAGAAGCCAAAGAAGGGCUCAAAGAAUGCCAAGCCCAUUACCAAAACUGAAGAAUGUGUGAGUUUUUUCAAUUUCUUUAGUCCACCUCAAGUCCCUGAUGAUGAUGAGGAUAUCGAUGAAGACAUUGCUGAGCAGCUACAGAGUCAGAUGGAGCAAGAUUAUGAUAUUGGGUCCACUAUCAGAGACAAGAUUAUUCCUCAUGCUGUUUCGUGGUUCACGGGGGAGGCUGUUCAGGAGGAUGAUUUUGAGGACUUAGAAGAGGAUGAUGAAGAUGAAGAUGGGGAGGAUGACGAGGAAGAGGAUGAGGAGGAUGAAGAUGAUGAUGAAGAAGAAGAGGAAGAGGAAGGAAAGACCAGGAAGAAGACAGCUACAACAAAGAAGAAGAGUGGAGGGGAUGGUCAACAAGGGGAUCGGCCCGCGGGGUGCAAGCAGCAGUAAGGCUUUUCUGGAAUGAAGUAUUUUUCGGGCUUUCUAGAGUGUAGGUUGAAGUAUCUGUUUUCAGGUGUUGGCUAAGUGAAGUGAUGCGUUCUCAUUCCAUGCUGUUGUUUUAUGUGGAAAAUAUGAGGAAGAGGAAGUUUUGGUGUCUUCGACAUUUUUAUACUACCUUUAGUUUAUUCUUUUACUCGCCUUGCGGGAGACGGUUGUUAGAUUAUUUGUAUGCCUUUUUUGUCGGGGAAGAUUUUUGUACUGCCUUUCUAGCGUAUACCCGGAUGAACUAUUAAUUGUUAUAUUUAUAUAUAAUGAUUAUUGUGCCUUCCUGAUUUUUGAA